AAGAAACCGCAUCGCGAAUUCGAAGCUAUCGUCGAACGAAGCCGCGAACCCCCUUCUGGUGAAGCCCAUCCUCAAACCACCAACCCUCUCUUCCUCAGCGCCUCGUCUCUCUCUCUCCCUCCGCACACACACUCUGGUCAUCACCAUGCAGGCCAUCUCUCGCUCCGUUCUGCGCCCGGCUGCGCUUCGCCAGGUUACCAGUCGCGCCUACAGCUCCAGCAGCUCGCCCUACGCGCAGACCAUUGAGAACCUGCGUAUCAACGGCGAUACCAAGGUCAUCUUCCAGGGCUUCACUGGCAAGCAGGGAACCUUCCACGCUACGCAGGCCAUCGAGUACGGCACAAAGGUCGUCGGCGGAACCAACCCCAAGAAGGCCGGCCAGACGCACCUUGACCUCCCCGUGUUCAAGAAUGUGAGCGAGGCUGUCAAGGAGACUGGCGCCACCGCCACUGCUCUCUUCGUGCCCCCCCCGCUGGCCGCCGCCGGUAUCGAAGAGGCCCUCGAGGCCGAGAUCCCCCUCGCCGUGUGCAUCACCGAGGGCAUCCCCCAGCACGACAUGGUCCGCAUCACCUCGAUGCUCAAGUCGCAGAGUAAGACACGCCUCGUCGGCCCCAACUGCCCCGGCAUCAUCGCCCCGGGCCAGUGCAAGAUCGGCAUCAUGCCCGGCUUCAUCCACAAGCGCGGCCGCAUCGGCAUCGUCUCGCGCUCUGGCACCCUCACCUACGAGGCCGUCAACCAGACCACCCAGGCGGGUCUCGGCCAGUCCCUCGUCGUCGGCAUCGGCGGUGACCCCUUUAGCGGCACCAACUUUAUCGACUGCCUCAAGGUCUUCACCGAGGACCCCGAGACGGACGGCAUCAUCAUGAUUGGUGAGAUUGGUGGCUCGGCCGAGGAGGACGCCGCCGAGUUCCUCAAGCAGGCCAACACGGUCGGCCGCGGCAAGCCCGUCGUCAGCUUCAUCGCUGGUAUCUCGGCGCCCCCUGGUCGCCGCAUGGGUCACGCCGGUGCCAUUGUGGCCGGUGGCAAGGGUGGUGCCGACACCAAGAUCAAGGCGCUCGAGGACGCCGGCGUCAUUGUCGAGCGCUCGCCCGCCGGGCUGGGCAAGGCCCUGUACGACGAGUUUGUCCGCAGGGAUCUCUUGUAAGGGGCGAGGCGGAUGCAUGUAGUGUAAUGGCUUUGGGUCGCCGGUGUUGUUUCCUUGCGUCUGUUCCAAUAACCGUACGUCACGUAACUGAUAGAAUGGGAGCAUCAUGGGUUGGAUGUGAAUAUAAGUGAAACUUUACAAGUCCAUCA